AAAGGUAACACAAAAAACAUAUACAUUAUAUGCAUGGCUUUCAAAUUAAAUUAUUGCUUAAAAAAUAUCAAUUAUUACGUACUUCCUUUAAUAUUGUAAAACAGCUUUACCAUUGGUUAAUUUGCUUGAUUGGCCACGCCUCUUUUGUGAUUGCUCACCUGCCUCAUCAUUCACUUUCCAAAAUCCUAUCUCUGCCUCUGUGAAUGACUCUCCAAUUCUAAUUCUUUGAUUGCUGACACUUGCUGAGUACUGAUUUACUGUUUUAUUGUUCUUAAUAGGGCUUCAACUACUUGAUAUUCUCCCUAAAUUAAGGGAGCAGGAGGAUGAGGAUUUGAUGAUUCAGUGUGAAGCUUUUGAAGAGGCUAUGGCUGAAGAUGAGGAAGAGCUGCUGCGGGUUUAUGGGGGCAUUGACAUGAGCAACCAUCUGGAGGUCUUCACCACACUCUUCAACAAAGUUAGCAGUUCUCCAGCCUCUCUUCAGCUCCUGUCUAUUCUACAAGCCUUGUUGUUGCUUGGACCAGAUCGCACAGAUAUAUGGGUCACAGUGGAAGCCAUCAUCAACAGAGCCCUCCUGGUGGCACAAGACUCCCAGAUUGGCUCCUGUGAGAAGAUCAUGCAGCGGUUGAUGUUCUCCAAAAGGAAGAGCGACCAGGGGCAGCAUGCGGUGGAUGGACUGUUGGACAAAGUUGACAAAGCGGUACAAACAGGCGACCCAAACGUCGACGAAAAGCCAGAAAAAAUUCAAAUCUCUCCUCAGAAACCACUAUGUGCCUCUCCUCCUCCACCGCCUCCGCCUCCACCUCCUCCACCCCCACCCGCUCCAGGUUUGCCCAACAGCUGCCCCCCUCCUCCUCCACCUCCUCCACCACCACCACUGCCAGGCUCGGGACUUCCUGGAGCUCCUCCACCUCCCCCACCACCUCCUCCACUGCCAUGUGCUCCAGGGUUACCUCCACCACCUCCGCCUCUGCCCGGUAUGGGCCCCCCGCCACCUCCACCUUUACCGGGAAUGGGACCACCGCCUCCCCCUCCGUUACCAGGCAUGGGGCCCCCUCCUCCCCCUCCCCCUGGUAUGGACAUAAUAGUGCCCCAGAGUGCCCAGAGCCUCGGCCGCAGUGCCUCUCUCAGGACGCACCGGUGCCCCACUCUGAGGAUGAAGAAGCUCAACUGGCAGAAACUAAGGACUGUUACUGACGGCCAGUCCAUGUGGGCGUCGGUUCAGAAGGACCCUUCUUCCCAUGAGCCUGACUACAGCAGUAUUGAGCAGCUCUUCUGUCUCCCGGUGACUGAGCCCAAAGAGAAGGGGGCAGCUGCUCCUGUCAAGAAGGAGCCUAAAGAGAUAACCUUUAUUGAUCCAAAGAAAAACUUGAAUUUAAACAUAUUCCUGAAGCAGUUCAAAUGCUCAAAUGAGGACUUUGUUGCCAUGAUUCAUAAUGGUGAUCGUUCCAAAUUUGAUGUUGAGGUGCUAAAACAGCUCUUGAAACUGCUGCCAGAAAAGCAUGAGAUUGAGAAUUUGAAAUCCUUCCAAGGCGAGAAGGACAAGCUUGCCAACGUGGACCGCUUCUACACCUCCCUCCUGACAGUGCCAUGUUAUCAGCUGAGGAUUGAGUGCAUGCUGUUGUGUGAGGAGACUGCAUCAGUGUUGGACAUACUCAGGCCAAAAGUCAAAUUGAUGGAGGAGGCUUGUCAUGCUCUCCGAACAAGCACGCUCUUGCCAAGCUUCUGCAGGCUCAUUCUUGAUGUUGGCAAUUUCCUCAACUAUGGGAGUCACACAGGGAACGCAGAAGGCUUUAAGAUCAGCUCCUUGCUCAAGCUCACAGAGACCAAGGCCAACAAGAGCCGCAUAACGUUGCUCCAUCACAUCCUGGAGGAGGCAGAGGCUAACCACCCAGAGCUCCUGGCACUGCCUGAUGACAUUGAGAUCUGUGAAAAAGCAGCGGGAGUCAACCUCGAGUCAGUUCAGAAUGAAGCAAAUGGCUUAUUGAAACGACUGAAUGAUACUGCCAAGAAAGUGUCCAAUUCUGCAGAGGAGGUGAAGGCGCAAUAUACAAGUGUACUGGAAGAAAACCUGGAAGCCUGUCAAGUUCUUAGUGAAAGGUUUUCAGAGAUGGAGAAGAAGAGGAGUGAGCUGGCAGUGUAUCUUUGUGAAGAUGCCAAUCAGCUGUCGCUGGAGGAUCUCUUUGGGACCAUCAAAACUUUCCGAGAACUUUUUAUCAGAGCAUUGAAGGAAAAUAAAUCGAGGAAGGAGCAGGCAGCCAAGGCGGAGAAGAGAAAGAAGCAGCUGGCGGAGGAGGAAUCCAAGAGGCAGAAGGGAGAGAAUGGGAAGAUAAUCAAGAAGGGUGUAGUGCCUCAGGACGAUGGCUGCAUCAUUGACCAACUACUGGCCGAUAUCAGGAAAGGGUUCAGCCUUAGAAAGACCAGGCCCAGGUGCGAUUCGGGAACCCUCCCUUCUAGUGAAAUGCGUAGGGAUACCUGCCCACCUGGGUCAAAUGUGAAGCCUGCAAGCGUCGAAACCGCAGAACAAGCCACCAUUUCCGCUCCUUCCACACCCAAAGCAGCGGCCUACACAAGCGAAAUGAACGGUCUCAGCAGUCCAUCAGAAGAGGAGACUCUUCCUCCAGCAGGCGAGCAGAGUGCAGUGCCCACACAGACUCAGCCAGCCCCAGAAAACAAAAGAAUCGUAACCACUCCAACACCCCUCUCAAACUCUACAGUAACCUCAACACCCCCACCCACCGAAAAAUCUACACCAUUGGAGAAUCCGGAGGCAUGCCCAGUGGAAGUGACACCCCAAGAUGUGAUGCCAACAGAUCACAGCCUGUCUCUCCCAACGACGAAUGGGUUCACAUUGGACUCUACUGAUUCAAGCAUCCUUAGCCCCGCCUCCCUGUCGGAUGCUGACUUGCUAGAGGCUGUUUUGGAUGGAGGUUCAGACGUGGUACCAGAGAAGUUGGAAGAAGCUAAAAUUGGAGAUAUUUCGAUUACAGAAAUUGCACAAAGUAGCCAAAGCAAUAUCAACAGUGAUGAGACUAAUGAUGAUGUAAAGCACCAUUCACAAGAGACUCAAGAAGAGAGCGAGCAGGGAAGCAAAGAGGAACCCAAAUCUUUAGCUCUGGAUACUGCAAAAUCUGUUCCCAAAAGCAAUAAGACUGAAGUGAUCCAGGCUUGUGAUGUCCCUGAUGGAGUGGAGGUAGUCGAAGACAUGACUGCUACAUCAGAAUCUGUUAAGCCGGAACCAAAGAGAAAGUUCUUUAAACGCAGCAAAAAGAGUAAACAAGGUAACAGUGGGAAAGGACACGCUAAAGCUAAAAAAGGCUGUGUUUUGAUGUGAGGUGACUCCAGAAGAAGUAAGGCCAGAGGUAAAAGGAAAUGUUGAUGAAACUUAAAGGACAAUAUAAUUUUUGAGGUGAAUGUAAAGUUACUUUAUUAUGAAAAUGUGGGGAGUCUUCCUUAGUAACUUGGAUCAGCAGCACCGCACUAUAAAAAUAGGCCUGUCACUUUAUGUACAUUCCAUGUUACAUGUCUAUGGGUGGUUAAGCACUGUUAGGGGAGACAAAAAUAUGCUUUGUUUUGUAUUGUUGUAAUAUGCAGUCAAGGUGUUCUUUUUUGCUGAAAGCUUUACAUUUGAGGCCAAUGAAGUGUUAGCUAAUGUCAUUUACUUAUCUAAAGAGUGCUUGUUCUUAUGUGUCUUAAUUUAUCUUAUGAUGAAUUCUAAAGAUAUUUAAACUAUAUUAUGUAACUUUUAAUGUUGGAUGUAUUUUAAUAAAAAAUGAAUAUUA